ACUGACGCACCACUGUGACGCACCACUGUGACGUACCAGUGACGCACUGACGUAUCACUGUGACGCACCACUGUGACGCGCCACUAACAACAACAUGGCUGACACUACAGGAGGAGUGUUGAUCAUCCAGAGUGACUGGUAUGACAUUCUGAGAGACAACAAUAGUUCAGCCUGGAUACUGCAUAAACGUCUUGGAGAACAAGCAGAGUAUGGGAAAGUUGGUGGAACUGCUACUGAUGAAACAUUUAUAGUGAAUUCUCGCACUGAGCGAGUGAUUUCUGUCACUCACCAGCCAUCUGGACUUUCUACAGCAUUUAUAGCACCAGUAGCAACAUUCACUGGUAUUCAUUCUAAAAGUGUACUAUGCCUGAGUGUUGGUGAAGGUGGUCUUGGUGUGUCGGUGUGUACGGACAACAAGCUACUCAUUUGGGAGACUAAAACAGGAAUUGUUAGAAGAUCCCUCGAAGGUCAUCUUUUUGAUGUAUAUACAUGUCGCCUCUUCCCAUCUGGUAUCGUGGUGCUGUCUGGUGGUGGAGACAUGCAGCUGCGUAUCUGGGAUGCAGCCACAGGUGCAUGUCCAGUGGUGCUAAAAGGUCACACAGGUGCUGUCCUAGACACAGCAGUUGUAGAGCGCGGCAAAAAUAUUAUCUCAGUUAGCAAGGAUGGCAAAGCCAGGCUCUGGAGCUGUGGUCAAGCCAAGUGCAUUGCUACUCUACUGUCUGCCGAGUCCAUCAUAAAUUGCUGUGCUAUCACUGAUGUUGCAUCACAGGUUAACCUACCACCACCUGCAGAAAUUCCAG